CUCUGUUUAGUCUACCGUCGAAACGGCAUCAAAUUGUGUACACAGAAAAAAAAUUACACCAUUUUGCAAGAAAAACGCUUCAAAAUGCCGUCCAGAAGGAAAUCGAUACAGUUAUCAACACAAGAGCUGAUCGAUGUGUACCAGUGGGUGAAACAGUUCAAUCUCUCGAAGGACAUUAAAAACAUUAACCGGGACCUUACGGAUGGAGUUCUGGUAGCGGAAAUCCUGAAGCAUCUCUACCCGAAGCUGGUCGAUCUGCACAACUAUACGAAAUGUUACGCCACCCGCAACAAGCUAGACAACUGGCAGACGCUUAACCGGAAGGUUUUUAGCCGGUUGAACAUCUACUUGGAUGAGGAGAUGAUGAGCGAUCUGGCUAGUGGAAGCAACGGGAUGCUGGAGGUGCUGCUGUUUGAGCUGAUGGCUAAGUACAAGUGGGAGAACAAACCAAGCUACUACCAGCACCACGAGGGAGCACAGGAGGAAGGUUACCGAGGGGAAGAAUGAUUUCCUGGAGGAGCAUGGCCACACACAACCACACACACACACGCUUCGAGAGUAAAUAGUAGCUGCGUUGGUUUUAUUGCGACCUAUAAAACGGCUUUCAGCAUGAAAUCUUAGUUUAACUUCGGCUUCCUCAUCCCGAGCAUCAUGUCCCGGGUCUUUGGUUUCGAUUUCGGCUUCGGUGGUGUCAGGAACAGCCCCAGCACUUUGUAAAACACGACCGCCGCGAGCAGAAACACGAGCGCAAAGAACCCGACUACAUCCACCAUCAGGUACUGCGUCCAGGACAGGUCGAUCGCGCGCGUCUUCAGAUGCUUUGCGCCCUUGUGCCGCAUCACGUACUCGAUCCAGUGCAUCGCUUCCUGCAUCGGCGGCACGAGAUUGUCCCGGAACAGUUCCGACGCCCGUUUUGCCUGCUUCAUGAACGUCGGGUUCGUGAGCAGCUCGUUAAUGCGCGAACCGAGCGUGAUGACGUUCACCUCGGGGAAGUUGAGCGUCAGUGCGUAGCCUGCCUGCUCCGCCUUGAGCGCAUUGCGAUGCUGAUCCCCGUAGAACGGUAUGUACAGCAUGGGCACUCCGCGGUAGAUGCCCUCCUGGCUGCCAAACAUACCGCCGUGCGUGAUGAACAGUACCACCUUCGGGUGGGCUAGGAUGUCGCUUUGGGGUAGCCACUUGCGCACCAUCACGUUUUUCGGCAGCCGGGCAACGUCCUCGUUUUCGUACUUCCACAGUACGCGCUGCUUGAUAUUGCGGAACACCUCCAGGAACGCUUUCAUCUUGUCCUUGGGCAUGUCGGCACUCUUCAUGUACGAGCCGAGGCUGAAGAAGAUGACGCCCUCUUUGGCACCGUCCAGGAACUUCCGGAUGUCGUCGGGUAGCUCUUUUGCCGGCUUGAUGUGUGCGCCGGCCACAUUCACCAGGCCAGGGAUGGUGGGUCGCGGGGGUGACGUCGACAGGUGACUGUUGACCAGUAUCACAGAGAUGGACUUUUCGAGAUCUCGAAUCGAAGGCAUCAGCUCGGGACCUGUCCAAGAGGUUAAAGAGAAGAUUUUCAGUAGGAAGAAAUUAUGCAGAAUGGGCACUGGGCACUUACCUUCAAUUUUGGCAAAGUGUGUCUGAGCGAGCCUGUUCUGCUGGGGGAUGUAGUAAAGCUGCCGUAUCACCAGAUCGGCCAGUGAGAUCAAAAAGUUGUAGCACCGUUCGGAGAAUGUCAUAUCGUCGGACAGCAGCAGUACUGGGUGAGGAACAAACGACCACGGUGUAACGAGUCCCAUCGCUUGAUCGAUGUGAUUUGCAUGCCCAAGGGUGCCUACAAUAUCGAAAAAAGGGGGAAGGAUAUUACUCUGCGAGCUUUAAAAGCUUAUAUCAUCCAGUUCUUACAGAGCGUCACGAUCGGCGCCCGGUACUUGUGGGCAAACAUGAGGAACGCUUCCUGAUAGAACUGCUCCGAGAUGAUCACAUCAAAGUCCGUAUCGUCCUGCUCGAUGAACUGCUGCACAUUCUCGUCCUCCAGCGCGUACUGUGUCGUCGAGAUGCCUACCCUCCAGUAGAGGAACAGGUUGUUAAGAUCACUGUUGUACUUCGAAUCGUAGAUAUCCGACACGGGAACUGAAAGCAAAGAUGUCACUCUUUCGGUGAGUGUUUGUGGUGUAUGAUGUAUCUCAUAUGCUGCCAACUUACAGUAGUAAGGUAUAUCGUACGGUGGAUCGAUCAGUAUUUCCGUGUAGUUGCGGUGCGCUUCCUUCGCAGGGAAGUUAGUGAUCGCCGUUACCUCGUGCCCCCGGGACAGCAGCUCCUUGACGAAGUGCUCUAUCCACAGCCAGUGGGAUGGUGCUGGGAAUGGGACGAGGAACAGUAUCUUGCCACAUUCGACAGACGGUAGACCGAGGGCGGUAAAUGCAACAGCACAACCGAUUAUGUACGACAGUGUGCGGAAAUGCUGCAAAAGGGAGGAAAGAAGAGGAAGCAGAUAGUGAUGGGAAUUUCGGUCCAAAUCUGUUAGGUUCGUUCCAUUCCUUCAAUCGAACGAUCGAACUUAGGUUCUAAUU